CACACGUGCUUACGGCCAGCCGCGGCGCCUGCGCCGUAGCGGCCUGGAGUCGGUGCGCGUAGGACGUUUCUCGCACCUUGACUCCGGCCCUCCGCGAGAAUCUGUUUGUGCUUCAGUGUCCUGUGCACACACACCUUGCAAGCGACGGCGCCAUGAGUCUGACUUCCAGCGUACGAGUCGAAUGGAUCGCAGCAGUUACUAUUGCUGCUGGGACAGCUGCAAUUGGUUAUCUAGCUUACAGAAGGUUUUAUGUUAAAGAUCAUCGCAACAAAUCUAUGGUAAACCUUCACAUCCAGAAAGACAACCCCAAGAUAGUACAUGCUUAUGACAUGGAGGAUUUGGGAGAUAAAGCUGUGUACUGUCGUUGUUGGAGGUCCAAAAAGUUUCCAUUCUGUGAUGGAUCUCACACAAAACACAAUGAAGAGACUGGAGACAACGUGGGACCUCUGAUCAUUAAGAAAAAGGAAACUUAAAUGGACAGUUUUGAUGCUGCAAACCAGCUUGUCAUGAUGUCAUCUGACUGUUUAAUUAGAAUGACUAUCACCUCUGUCUGUUCACCUCCCCUGGGUUCUAGAUGUGAUGUAUUGCAAAUUGCAGCUUUCAUAUUCACGGCAUUUGCCUUAUUUGUUGAACCAUUGUGGUGCACAUUUGUUUAAACAAAAAAAGGAAAAAGUAAAAACCAACCUCAUGGCCUGUGGGUUA